AGCCGCUGCCGCGCUCCCGGCGUCCCGCAACUUCCCCCGGAGCCCAGCGGAGCGCGGCAUGCGGGGCAGGGGCUGGAGACGGCGGCGGGGCCGGCAUCGCGCUCCCCGGACAUGAAGCGACCAUCGGAAGCUCCAGCAAGGAGUGCCAAGCUAACUGCACAAGUAAUCUGUGGCAAGGAGCACUGGGAGACAGCUAAAAGACAGUGACAAUGUCUUUACACUGGUGGACACUUCCUACUCGACUUGGAGUUUUCAAAGCCAACUGCAAAGGACUCGCGUGCCUCUUGGUCUUCACCGUGAGCGUUUGUGGCAGCGCCCCGGGGAUGUGUCCAGCAGCCUGCAUCUGUGCCAGUGAUAUCGUAAGCUGCACUAAUAAGAACCUCACUCGAGUGCCAGGAAAUCUUUAUAAAUGUAUGAAAAGGCUGGAUCUGAGUUAUAACAGAAUUGGGAUUUUGGAGCCUGAAUGGGUCCCAGUGCUGUCUGAGAAACUGAACACUUUAAUAGUCAAUCAUAAUAGCAUUAGCAGCAUUAGCGCUGGAAGCUUUUCCACAACUCCAAAUCUAAAGUAUCUAGACUUGUCAUCCAACAGCCUGAAAACAUUGGGCAGCCCUGUGUUUCAGGAGCUAAAGGAGUUGGAGGUUCUUCUGCUGUACAACAAUCAAAUAACACAGAUUGAGUCUUUAGCCUUUGGAGGAUUGUACAGAUUACAGAAACUGUACCUAAGCUACAACUUGGUCUCGCAUUUCCCACUGGACUUAUAUGUUGGAAGACAUAAACUGACUGACCUUGUCUUGCUGGACAUUUCCUUUAACCACAUCCAGACGAUGCCUGUUCAGCGCCUGAGUUCAGUGCCAGCCAAACAACUUAGUGGAAUUUAUCUUCAUGGCAACCCAUUCUAUUGUGACUGUGUCCUGUACUCCAUGCUAGUCUUCUGGUAUCAAAGGCAUUUCAGCUCAGUGGUGGACUUCAAAAACGAGUACAGCUGUUUGUUGCAGUCAGACCCAAGAGCAAAUAAACUACCUUUCCUGCAGGACAGCGUUAUGAAUUGCUCUGAAAGUACCGUCAACAGCUCUUUCCAAGCCUUUGGGUUUAUUCAUGAUGCCCAGGUUGGUGACAGGCUGAUUGUACACUGUGACAGCCGAAUCAGCGAUACGGGCACUCAGUUUGUUUGGGUUAGUCCAGACAAUAGAUUGCUGGAGCCAGACAGGGACACCGAUAACUUCAAGGUGUUUCCUAAUGGCAGCCUGGAGAUAACAGAUGCCCAGCUAGAGAACUCAGGGCUGUAUUCCUGCAUUGCAAUAAAUAAGAGAAGACUAUUAAAUGAAACCAUAGAGGUCAGAAUAAAUGUUAGCAAUUUCACAGUGAACAGGUCCCACGCUCACGAAGCAUUUAAUACAGCUUUUACCACCCUUGCUGCCUGUGUGGCCAGUAUUAUUUUAGUGCUGCUGUAUCUCUAUCUGACCCCCUGCCCAUGUCAAUGUAAGGCAAAGAAGAAGAAGAGGAAGCUGAACCAAAGCAGUGCCCACCCGUCCAUACUGAAUUCCGCACUGCCGCAAGAGCUGCCAGCCGACGAGAAGAAGGCUAGCACUGGUAAACGGGUGGUUUUCCUGGAGCCCGUGCACGAACCAAAACAGAGUCAGAAUGGGAAAGUAAAACUGUUCCCCAAUGACAGUGUCAUUACAGAGAGUAUCUUAAAAACUACUCGAACAAAAUCCGACUCUGACUCUGUCAACUCUGUGUUCUCAGAUACGCCUUUCAUGCCGCCAGCUUAGUUUGCUGCCUGUGUUUGUAUCGUGCAGUUCCAUUUCUGAAUACCUCCUUUGCCUGUAGCAAACCAUCAGGACAAACAAAUAAAAAGAGAUAAAAUGUUUUAA